CUCCAGGGGUGUAGAGAGGAGACCAACCUGACAGGAGAAAAGUAGCACAUUAGCCUAUGACGUCGGGUUGCCAUCACAAAAGCCAGAUGAUCCAGUUUUGAGCCCAUUAGAAGACGUUUUCCUCAUCCAACGACAUCCGCGCACUUUAAGGUGCAUGUGACAAAAGAUGCAACAAUGAGCGAGCAUUCAGGUGACCUUAUAAGUUCUCCUCCAGCUCAUUCGGACAAUCGUCGAGGCAGAGACUUGUAAGGAUGAAAGGCUUCAUUUUCCUGCUGGUGAACUUGGUCCUUUCAACAGGCUCGCCUGUUCCCGAGAUGGCACCAGAGAUUACUGAAAUGAGUGAAGACAAAGACAUUACUGAAGCAAACAAGGACCUUGUGCAUGAUGACAUAGUGCAAUUCCAAAGGAGUGCUAUUAAUUCGGAGAGUCGGUUGUGGACAUCCCCUGUUCCUUAUGUCCUGAAUAAAAGCCUUGACAUGAAUGCUAAAGGAGUCACCCUUCGAGCUUUUGAACAGUUCAGACUCAAGUCCUGCAUUGACUUCAAGCCCAGGAAUUCUGAGAAAUAUUACAUUUCUGUCAAGAAACUCAACGGUUGUUACUCCUAUGUGGGGCGGGUUGUGGCCAAUGGACAGGACCUCUCUAUCGGGAGCAACUGUGAUGCACUUUCCACGGUGGAACACGAGUUUCUUCACGCCCUCGGCUUUUACCACGAACAGUCAAGAGAGGACCGAGACGACUACGUGACCAUUGCAUUUGAAAACAUCCAAAAUGGUUUUGAGAGCAAUUUCCGAAAAGCCGAGAACAGCAUCACCCAGGGAGUGUCCUACGACUACUGGUCAGUGAUGCAUUAUGGGAAGAAUGCAUUCAGCAAUGGAAUCGGCUCAACAAUCGUGACCAUCGACCCCGCGUUCCAGGAUGUGAUUGGCCAACGACUGGAAAUGAGUCACAGGGAUGUGCAGGAGCUGAACAUGCUCUACAAGUGCAACUCCAGCAUUUCAUUCAUGAUGUACUGCGGUUUUGUUGGUGGCGCCAUAUGCCAGAUGACAAAGUGCUCGCAAAGUGGGCUCAAAGGCUGGCAAAUGGUGUCGCAGGUGGCAGGUGGUCCCAGCUCUGACCACACCGGUCUGCCCAGUGUUAUAGGUAGUGGGCCAGGUUACUUCAUGCAUGCCAGCACGGCGUCAGGCCAGGAAGGGGACUCGGCCUGGCUGGAGACCCACAGGAUGAGCCCCAGCAGAGAGUGUAACGUCCAGUGCCUUCAGUUCUACUACUACCACACUGGGAGUCCGUCAGACCAGCUGAACAUCUGGAUGAGGGAAUUUGAUGAUGAGAAGGACUUGACGGGACAUCGCAGCCUGGUGGGACAGAUCACUGGUUCUCCAACAUCUCAUUGGCAGAUCCAACAUGUCUCCCUGAACGCCAACACACAUUUCCAGGUGGAGUUUCAAGUACGAAAAGGCGCAGGGAAAUCUGCAGGCGGCUUCUCCGUCGAUGACAUCAACCUGUCAGAGAUGGAGUGCCCUCACGUGACGCUGCAGAUCAACAACCUGGAGAAGCUUUUGAACAGCAGCUCGUUCGGUACGGCCAUAUACAGCCCCAGGCAACACACCAGGGGGGGCUACUCGUACCGCGUGGGAACCAUGCUCUACAAGACGUACAUCGGGGCGUUUGUGCAGCUCUUGAACGGAACUCGUGACGAUGACCUGGUGUGGCCUUGCCCUCAUCGACAGAUGACCGCACAAAUGAUCGAUCAGAACCCCGAAGUCCAACUGCAGAUGUCAAAGAUGAGAAGCCUGACCUCUGACCCAAACGAGACUUUUUCAGAUGGCACGUUUGCAUGGGACGACCCUGGUAAGAAUGGCCUCACAGGUGUGGACGAGAACAACAAGACUGUCUUUGUCAGUCGGUUGUUCGGCUGGUCCUACUUUGCCACGUUAGAACAAAUGAAGACCAGAGAUUUCCUCAAAGGAGGAAACAUCGUGCUGAGCUUCAGCUUCGAAGACAUUACUCCUUUGGUGGAUGGACAUAGUUUGCCGUGUGGCAAAGCCGGGCCGGUGGACGUCACACAUCCUCCUAAAGACGAGGAUGAAGGGCCGUGUUCUUCCGAUGUUGCAGUCACCACAACACCACAGCCCAACACCACAAGUGUUCCAACAACCAUUAUUACCACCACCCCAAUUCCUGUCACCACACAUGACCCAAGAGAAUCCACCACCCUUCCUGUUCCUCACCCCACGGACGAUAGCAUUUUUAGCGUUGGUCCCAACAUGGAGUCGUCUCCUGCUCUUGUCUUCUUCAUCCUGACGCUUCUCUUGCCUUGUUGGGCAGGUGAGAUGUUUUGAAGAAAAAACACAUACCUGAUCUGGUGGGCGGAACUCGUAUUACAGAAAAUGUGUUUUGUUAAAUAAACCCUUCUGC